GCAGAGAAUAAAAAGACCAGAAGUUGACAAACUUUUCCUGUCACUCUUCUAAGAAGGUCUUUUGCUCCUCUCCUCCUCGGCUUCUUUGCAGCUAGUGCUAGAGAGAGAAAGUGAGAGAGAGAAUAGGAGGAGUUUAUUGCAAGGGAGGAGGGAGAAAGAAAAGGAUGGGAGAUUUGCUCUCCCUUAUCUAGUCUCUCUCUGAUCUGCAUCUGGGUUUUCUCCUCUCAUCUCACCUCUCUUCUUCUUCUCUUCUUCCUUGCAUGCUCUAACAAGGAAGCAAGGAAGGAUUGUUUGUGUUGUUGUUGUCCAUGUGAAAAUGGAUAUAUAUAGUAUUAUUGUAUAUGUGUCCUGCUGGUGUCUGUUUGGUUGGCCUUGUCUCCUGGCUUGAGGAAGUGGGGAAAGGUUGGAAUCUUUUCUUGGAUUUUGGAGGCUCUCUCCCCCCCAGCCCAGCCCAGCUGGUGAUACGGUUGAGGUCUCUUGUUGGUGACGCAACCUCUGUGUGUGUGUGUGUGGCCUUUCUCCUCUGCCUCUGGCGUUAGAUAAAGAUGAACUGAAUCGGCUUGGCAGUCACACUUCGAUUUUCUUGGCAGCUGCAGAAGAAGAAGAAGAAUUCCUCAUCCACCAUCGCUUCACAAUCGUCUCUUCCAGGUUGUGGCGACCUCUUUUUUGGAGCAUCUUGGCCGUAACAGAUAAGUUUGGCAAUACGGGAGACUUGGUCUGCAGAUAUUGUCAUCCUGAUUCCUGCACUGGUUUACAUCUGAACAUUUCGGAUGGGAACGAAAGUUGAAAGCAAGACUUAUCUUCCAGGAUACUUCACCAUGGCAGAUUCUAGUGUAAAUUCCAACGGCAAUUGGUUGUCGUAUCAUGAGGAGAGCAAACCCAGCGGGCAUGUUAGUGACAGUUUCACAAUAACAACCGCGAAUGCAUCUCCAGAUUAUGAUAAGGAAAUGCUAAAGCGGACAAUGCUGGUGCAUGAAGCAACAUUCCGGAAACAGGUAUAUGAGCUUCAUCGAUUGUAUAAAACUCAGAAGGACCUAAUGGCACAAUUCCAAAGAGAAGAGUGCAAUGGAUAUCCUAGAUCUGCAGACAUGUUACAAGCAAGGUCUUAUUCAUCACAGGCAACAUCACGGGAUGUAAAAAGAGUCUGGCAAGUUAUGCCUCCUACAUCUGGAAAUGAUAUUAAGCAAUCAUCUAUAAAUUUUGCUAAGGGAUCGGAGUAUGCUCGAAAUGGAGCUCCUUUGAUGAAUAAUAAUAAUGGCAGGUCCACAAAGAAAAUGUUGGACCUUCAGCUUCCAGCUGAUGCGUAUGCCGAUGAUGACGACGACGAUGAUGAUGAUGUGGAAAUACUAGAGGAGAAGCCUGCAAAGAUUUUGCCAAGAAUAAAUGGCUCCGUUGUUGGUGGGAUUGUUAAGCUCAACGUCGGAAAUAGCGAGGGCUCUUCACACAUGGAGAAGAGCUGGAUCGCUGGUUUACAUCCUCAACAUGUCUCUACAGUAAACGUUUUAAAUAAAGCAGUGGAAGAGUCUUCUAGCAUGAAAAUGCCAGACUUCCUUGGUGUGGGAACCUCCACUUCUCAAAGCCAACGUUAUUCAUCGGGCAGGGUGAACCUGAACCACCUAAGUUUGGAAGACACCAUGAAAGAAAAGCGUAUUGGUGAAGCAUCUGGUUCAAACUUUUUUGGUGCAAAUGAGGAAGUAAAGCGUAACAGUUCAUUCAACAAUAAAACAGAUUAUCAAAAUGUCAGCAUGGGAUGGUUCAAACAAGAGCCAAAUGGUAUUAAUUUCUCUGCUGCGCAUUACCUGCCUAGAUGUAAUCCCUUCAAUCAACUAAUCGACGCACCGACCAGCUCCAACGCUGCAGUCAAGUCUCCGUGGCAAAGCAGCAACACAAGUUACACUGCUAAUGGUUACUAUGGUUCUGUUUACACGCCCUUUGCUCAGAAUGGUUUCUUCAACGGCUUCUCAGUGGAUUCUAUCAAUACUCCAAUGGCAACUAAUCAUUAUCAUAACCAACGUUCUUCAAAGUUUCCAGGAGAACCUCAAUAUCAAAAGCAUUCCCCACUCCAUGGUGUGAAUCUGAAUGAUACCCCUCAAGAUGUCACUGCUAUUCAGGAACAGGGAAGUGAGAAUUCACCGGUUGAUAUAUCUUGGCUCAGGAAGGACCCUGUAGAUCUGAUGAAGUCACAAGUGCAACCAAGUUGUGCAAAUGGCCAAUCCCAGAUUUCAUUAGGUUCCACAGCUUAUUCAGAAGGUAGCACAAGAGUACUCGGUUUCCCUAUCAAUGCAGCCGCUGAAAGAAACACCGAACCAUUGAUCAAGCGCGAAGCUGACAUGGAAAUGCACAAGAAAGAUGAUGCAAAUGCGAGGAAUCUCAUUGACCUCAAUGCCGCGCCUUCCAUGGAUGAGCCAGACAUUGAUGUCCAUCAGUCAGAAGGUGGCACUGUUCCUCAGCAACCAGAUGAUCCUUCUGAGGACUCUCUUGCUAGAACUGCAGCAGAGAGCCUAGUAGCCUUGUGUAAAGAUGUCUUUCAAGCAGGGUCUCCCCUUGCUGACAUUUUGCAUUGGUUCGCUGACCUCGCUAUUGCAUCGAAGGAGGAUGCAGUGGUCUGUAGUAGCGAAAGUGACAGCGAUGAUGAAUUUGAAGCUUUGACACUGCAGCUAGAAGAAACCAAAGGCUAUGAGCUCUACUCAACACCGAAAACACCAGUAGAGCAUAAGAGCAAUGAAGACCAUGGCUCUGUUGCAGCCUCACUGCUUCAGACAAAACCUCGAAGAGGCCGAGCACGAAAGCGUCCCCAGAAGAAAGAUUUCCAGAAGGACAUUCUACCAAACCUCGCUUCGCUGUCGAAGCACGAGGUGUCAGAGGAUCUUCACACCCUUGGAAGGUCAACGCCAUCGAAGCGGGGAGGUCGAAACGGAUCGCAGUCCAGGGGGAGGCGCCGAGCAAGAAGCGUGGCUAUCGCUGUUGAGGAAGUUGAGGUAAGCCCACCUCCAGCUCCAGCGCCGCCACCUCCUCCCCCAGCUGACUUGGACGCUAAUGCUCUCGGCAUAACUGGGUGGGGAAGAACAACCAGGCGCUGCCGUCGACCGAGAUGCCCUCCGGCGAACAAUGCGUCAUUGCGUCUAGCUUGAGAGAGAAUUUUAGGUGCCUUAGCUGACGGGAAAUGAUCUUGAAACUGUAUUUUUGGGUGGAGUUGCAGAGAAAUUUGUGUCCUUGGUAGCUUGACAGUAAUCAAUCAACAUUGUACAUGCUGCUCAGCCCCUAAUUUGGGGCUCCAGAAACCUGCAUUGGAUAAAAAAACAUGGUGUACAUCUCUUUGUUUCGGUAUAAACUCUGAUUCUAGAUAGCAAUGCACCUGAAGAACAGGCCUUGUGAAACCUGGAAUAUCAGUUGUAAUUAGAUUUAGCUCCUUGAAUAUCAGUCUGUGAUGUCAUGUUCUGAGUUCAGAAUAUAACUGAAACAAUUGCUGGAACUGGGUGACCUGCAGAUUUACUAAUGCUCACUGAUGAUGUCAAGUGAUCAUUUUGACUUUUUGA